AUGGAUAAACAUCGUUCACUUCUGCAGCUGAGAGCAAGUUUCACCUCUUCUUCACAGCCGAUUCGACCAUAUUCUCUGCUGACGAAUACUGAGGACUACAAUUACCUGCCCAAACCUAUGGAUCUUCGCCCGUCUCGACUCCUGCGUAUUCUAGGCUUAUCUUUCAAACCGUUCUGGAUGUCCGUACAACGACCUUCUGAAGUUUCUGGUCUUCUGGCGCUUAAGAUAGGAAGUUACCAUAACGGUGACAACCUGAUUGAGGCUGCGGCACACUACCGACAGAAGAUAGAAAAAGAAGCCGCGAAAUUGGACCUUGGUUUUAUGACUUCGGAUGUUGCCAGUUCAGUCCGGGACUGGUUGGUGCGCUCUGUCUCAUGCGGCCUACAAUACAAGUGGACGGAUUUGGGUCCAGUCUUUUGGCCACGCUGGCUGCGCCAAACUGACUGCGAAAAAUCAGACGUGAUGCAGAGUUGUUCGUUUCCCAUCGGGAUGCAAUGCCUGAGGGCUCAGAUAAGUCACAUAACGAUCCUGGCUUGGCACUGUUGGGAAAAUGAUGAGAGACGUAAUGGCUCUAAGAGUGGGCCUGAAAUUAGCGUUGAGGUAGAAACAGGUGAAGCGAUUAAAAAGUGUACAUGGAGGCAAGUGCCAUAUCCUGUGGUUACAGCAUGUAAAUGUUCGUGCACUUAAACGUCUCGUCAGUUUCUCUGAAUCUUCGAUCCUCUCAAAGAACUGUGAUUCUGUCUGCAUGGUUUUCUUAUUACUGCAUUGCGUUUAUUGUGCUGAUGGGAAAAAAAGUCAAUUGGUUGUCUUUCUUGGCAAUUUUUCUUAAAUAACUCAUGGGAUUUAAUGUUCUUUGCAAUGACUGUAAAUACCUGGACUGUGGCCCAAAAUAAA